CCUUCGUUUCUCCGCCAUUAUCGUUCAUCUCUGUGCUCGACGGCAAUGACGAGCAAUCUCACCACCGCGAUUCUUCUUUCCUCUUUUGAAGAAACGAAGUUGCGAUAUUGAGAGAGGAGGAAACGAUAGAGAACCUGUCGCCAUUAGGAGGCUGCGGAGACUGCAGCUUGGCAAUGGCGUAUAUGUCAGAUGACGACUACGACUACCUUUUCAAGGUGGUGUUGAUCGGAGAUUCGGGAGUGGGGAAGUCGAAUCUCCUAUCGCGGUUCACGAAGAACGAGUUCAGCCUCGAAUCCAAGUCCACCAUUGGAGUGGAGUUCGCUGCCAGGAGCAUCCAAGUCUCCGAAAAGAUUGUCAAAGCUCAGAUUUGGGACACUGCCGGACAAGAAAGAUACCGAGCCAUCACAAGCGCAUAUUACAGAGGUGCAGUAGGUGCCCUUGUUAUCUACGAUGUCACCCGCAAUGCCACAUUCGAGAAUUUGGAGAGAUGGUUGAAAGAGCUUAGAGACCAUACUGACUCUAAUGCCGUGAUCAUGCUCGUGGGGAACAAGGCGGACUUGCGCCAUCUUCGGGUGGUCUCGACAGAGGAUGGCAAGGCCUUGGCUGAGAGAGAGAACACUUUCUUCAUGGAGACAUCAGCCUUGGAGUCCAUGAAUGUCGACCAUGCCUUCACUGAAGUCCUCACUGAGAUCUUUCAUGUUGUCAGCAGGAAGGCUCUUGUUGCUGGUGAUGCUGUUGCAGUCUUACCAAAAGGGCAAACGAUUAGUGUCAGCAUGGAAGAUGAAGUUUCUGCCUUGAAGAAGAAAGUUGGUUGCUGUUAAACUUAGCUAGCUCCAUGAAUUGUGGCACAAUGCUUCAAUAUUAUCUUUUUUUUUUUUCUUUUGAUGACGAGGAACCGUUCGCUGUCACGCCUGGACUUGCCGAGUGCGCUUGGCGGUCCGUAAACCCCAACCGACCUACCGGGCCACCCACGCCUACAGUACUCUUAGCCGGUGCUUAGGGGCCCCACUUAAGGGCGACAACCGCUCGAGAAAAUCAAACUCGGGAUGGGGGGGGUUCCCAACCGAGCUAAACUGCGGUGGGUCUUCAAUAUUAUCUUUUUGCUUCACACUGUGGUAUGAUUUCUUGAGCAUUUUCCUCUUAUGGUGUUUUCCAAUUGGAAAUCAACCUCAGAAAGUUUUGAACAAUGUUGAGUAGGUUGGGAACUAUUUGAUGCUUUUUUUAGGGGGAUAAUGUUUUGUAUUUACUAAGA